UAUUUGUUACGUUUUCCCGGAAACGACUAUGGCGUCCGCUUCUUUGCUGAACAACAGUAAUUGUUGUUUGAAGACGUGUAAGAACAAAGGUCUGAAGCCAAGUGACAACAAGGUCCAUGUUCGUGCGCCUUACCAGAACAAGGAGAGCGGUUUGGAGGCCAGAGAAGAUGAAAUGCUUGCCGUUUGGGACGGCAAUGGAGAGGCGAAAUUUCACAUGAAAUGUUGGAAAAUAAUUCGGGAAGCAGCAGCCAGAAAAACAAACAACAACAACAUGGCGAACGGCAACCACGUGACAAACAACAACAAUCACGUGACAGUUGGUAACCAGGUAACCAGUAACAUACACGUUACGGAACUUGAGAAACUCCUGGUGGCCGAGGCGUCAAUGACUGUGGAGUUCUAUAACAGUGACGUCAUGUUGAAGAGGGAGGCCAAGAGGAUAGCUUCCAUGCUGAAGAAAUGCAAAUAUUCCGUAGUGUUUACCGGAGCUGGUAUAUCAACACCUACAGGUGUAGAAGAUUACAGAGGAAUCAAUGGCAAGUGGACAAAUCAAGACAGAAACAAUGGUUGCCAAGCAAGUGCCGCUACUGCUAAAAGACGUGGUCCUCGCCUUGAAGACAUUCGGCCAACUUACACGCACGAGGCACUGACCAAGCUACUGGACAUGGGUCAGGUAAAGCACGUGAUCAGUCAGAACACAGACGGUCUACAUCGCCUCUCCGGCAUUCCCAAAGAGCGGUUGUCAGAACUCCAUGGCAACUGCUUCAUCGAAAAAUGUGAAGUAUGUGACACAAGGUGUGAACUACGUCAUGGAUAUCAUAAAGGCGCGACUGACGCCUCUGUCCCGUCGUCUGUCUGUGAGAUGUGUAAAUGCAAUCACCGCACUGGUCGGCGGUGUGCGGAAAAGGACUGCAGUGGAUAUAUGCGGAGUACAGUUAUCAACUUCGGGGACAGGUUAGAGGAGGAGGUUCUCAGUGGCGCGGUAAACCAGGCGGAAACGGCUACAUUUGUACUGGUCCUGGGUUCAAGUCUCUAUGUGUCACCGGCUAACAGCCUUAUACAGAUGGGCAAGGAACCACUGCGGCUAGCUAUCUGUAAUAGACAGGUGACGGACUUCGAUGUCAAAUGUUUCGAGUUGGACAGCUCUGGAAACCAGCUAGGGUCACGUGUGUUCAGCGACUGUGACGCCCUCAUACGGGAGGUGAUGAAAUGUCUGAUGGGCCCGGAUGACCACGAACUGUGGGAAGACGGACGAGCUGACAGAAUGAAAAACUACGACUCGCAAAGGAUACAAAGCGGUCGUCAAAGGAAUGUUUAAAACCAUAUGACUUGGAGAGAAAAAAAGAAAAACAAGAGCUCAUAGCUUUGCUGAAUAAUUCUGAUUUUGCAAGACGCGCAGUUCGUACGGUAUAAUUUCCGUUGCGCUUUCUGUCCAUGUAAUGGAGGGGUUUUAAUAAAACAGAAAGGUUAGCAGGCGUCCUGCAUGUUUGUUUCCCAUAAAAUAAGAUGGGUUGUGAUAAUAUUGUGAUAAUAUACAGCAUUGAAUCUUGUAAUGUUCACACAAAUGUUGUCCGUGGUAGUUGUUGUAGAUCGGUCAUAAAGCGAUUGCAAAAUAUGAACAAAAUCAUUGCAAGAAUGAGUAAGAUCAUACAAGUCCUUUGUGUACGCAUUCCACGUGUGUGUUGAUGCACCAAAGAACUUUUAUCUGCAUGCUUCGCUUGGUACGCAAAAAUAAACUAUCAAUUACUUAUUUCAUUUUAGCGAAAGUUGUAAUUAUUAUAUUUAACGGGAAGUAAUUAUAAACUACUCAAAAUGUGUACCGGUUUUAACUGUGUGUAUUAUGUAUAAUGUUUAAACUAUUGUCUGUAAUGAGUAAAAUACUUCCAUGACUAAGCGUGUUUUCUGCCUCGAUGAAAUAUAUAAAUAUUGUAAUAAACUUGCUUCGUGCCUAAAAAGGAAUGCGCGUAUAUGUUGGAUGAUACACGUAAAUUGAUACAGCCAUUCUUAUCAUCAUAAGCAUCCUCGUCGUCGUUGGCAUCGUCGACGUCAGCAGAAGCAGCAUCUUUCUAGACAGGGAUUUACUCAUUUUGGGGUUUGCUGACCCAGCGAAUGGCAUUAGCACGUCAAAACCACCAAUUUUUUUUCAAAAAAAAAUCUGACAAACACUUAAAAGUAAAAUCUCCAUGGAUUUUUAUUCAGUUAGUUAAGGUGUGUGAUAGAGGACCUGAGAAUUGAGAGUUUUUCUACCUACUUGAUGUUGGUAGGCAAGCUAUUCAACUACGCGAUGGUCCUCGGUAAAAAUUCUUGUUGUCUGUUUUUUUUCUUGGAUCUGCCAUAGUUUGUAUGAGCCUCUCUGGUCAUAGAGUCUGAUCGCCACAGAUUUUCGCCUUAACCCACUUCCACCCUUUUAGAGGAUUAUAUGUUAUAGAUCAUGACCUAUGCACAUCAAUGUGUUUCCAAGCCCAACUUCUGUAGUAUUGCGGACAUUCUCCCUGAAUCUCUUGACAAAGGCCAGUGCUUACAAACCUUUCCGCACGUCUCUUGACUCCGUCGAUCCUAUCACCGAUAUUCCUUUGGUUAGGGUCCCGCUCUUAGGGCUUAUGGGGUUGGUUGUACGUAUGAGAAUCUUGAAUGUCCAGUUGGUCUUGAUGUGUUUUGAAGACGGGUGGAGAACCCGGCUGAUCUUGAAGCUUUGACAUUCAAUGUAUUGAUACGGUGACUCCACGUUAGGAGACUACCGAUGUUGACCCCUAGAUAUUAGCCAGUUUCACAACCUCCAACAGGUGUCCAUGGAGACAACUGAUGUGCUUGACAGAUUUCUUAAUCUUGGUGAUAUACACGACACAUUUCUACGGACUCAAUUUCAUCUGCCAAGAGUCCUCCCGUAGCUUAACCGCUUGAGUUCUUCUUGGAGUGGCCCUACGCAUUUAAUGCUUAUAUUUGUCGUGUUCAUUGACCUACUCUCGGCACUAAUUUGAGACUAUAAAUAUAUGUUUGUGCUGCAUUGCAUCUUGUGUUGCAGACAGUUUUCAAACGAUGUCUCACUCCCUUUAAGUUGUCACUACCAUUAACAGUAUACAGCAACCCUAUGAGAGUGGACUUUUCAUCCUUACUUGUAGGAGGAAAAGAAAUCCUUAUUUAGAAGAGAAGAAAUUUAUACAUUUAAAUGUGCUUUGAGUUUUAUUUUAUGUUUCAAUUUGAAUCAUGAAUGCUGAGGGCGUAUUUUAAAAAGAUUGGUCAACCAUUCAAACGGUGCAGCUAUACAAGUAAUUAGUAUAUAAAUGACGGUGAUUAUCCGAAUCUGCCCGUAAGAUUGAUCUUACAUCUUAGUAAUGUUGGUAUUUUCUAUUUAUGAUAUUUGAUGUAAGAAAUCCUUUGACAACUAAGCAUUUUGAUUUUAAUCUCAAAUUAUAUCUAAUUUUGCCUGUAUUUGGCAACAAAAUCCUAACCUUAUGUUUAGAUUUUAGUACAUAAAGUAUUAGUUGGGAAGGUAACUAUAUUGCUUCAAGUUGAAAGAUAGUAAUGCCAUCGUCACUAUCAUGAAAUAGUUGUUUUUUACAGAACUAUCGCGGUUCAAAAAUAUGAAUAUAUGUAAAUAAAAACAAAACGGAGAGACAAAAACAACAGGGUUGGAUUAUAAAUGUUAAUGCAUAACGUUAACCAUGACAAGGGAGGUAACUCUAAUUCAGAAAUGCUCAUUUGUUGUUGCAAAAAAAUAUGAUAAACUUGAUCGUUAUUAAAAUGUUACCAUUGUUUAAUUUUGAAAUUAUCACCGAUUAAAAUAACCUAAUUAGUCAGACAAUUCUUGUUUUUGUU